GCCUGUCUUAAGGUACGUCUUUUCGCUAUAAAAGCACCCAAACCGAAAACCAAAGUAAUCUUCACUAGCCGCUAUCAUGAGACUGGCAUUGGUUGUUUUCUUGUCUUUUUUGUUGGCAGGAAUGCUGACUACGAUAGCAGCCGCAGGAUUCUGUGCAGACCAGGAGGAUGGCCUGUACAAAGACCCUGACACGUGUUAUGGGUUCAUCAACUGCGCGGGCGGGCGGACCUACAAACAGGCGUGCGGGCCUGGAACCAUGUUCAACCCUAGCACCAAGGUGUGCGACUGGCCGCACAAUGUCGACUGUGAGGAGGGGAGUGGGGAGUUCUGAUCGACAGGUGACUGGAGGCAGAAGAACCAUGCUUUUUUAAAGAAACCUUCUCAAAUAUGGGUUUUAAUAUCACGUGGAUGCACUCCUUGUGAAACCAGAAUGUCAUACGGAAAUAUAUCAUUACUGAAAAUCUCGAUAUUUCAUUACUUGUUGUAUUUUUCAAGUUAUUGAACAAAAAUAAAGUUUUAACAGGAAUUAGAA